AUGGAGGACCUGCUGCUGGGGGAGGGCGAGAGGCUGAGGAGAGGUGGGGGGGGGGCAGGGAAAGGCACAGUGACCUCAUCAGCCACCCCUGGGGUGCGGCUCCCGAGCCCCCGCCCAGCCCAGCCCGCCUAUAUCCCCAGGCUGGCCCUGCUCCCAGCAGAAGCUGGAGAGAUGGCACUGCAGUUUGAAGCCUUCUAUGCAGGGGGCCUGGCCCCGGGCUGGAACCUGCUAGUCCAGGGACACUCUGACUCUGGAGAGGACAAGUUUGAGAUCAACUUCCUGUCUGAGACAGGGGACAUCGUCUUCCACAUCAAGCCCCGGUUCUCCAGCGCCACCAUCGUGGCCAACACCUUCCAGGGCGGCCGCUGGGGCCAGGAGGAGGUGUCCAAUGUCUUCCCGCUGGUGCUCGGGGAGCCCUUUGAGAUGGAGGUCAGCUCGGACGCGGAGCACUUCCAUGUCCACGCCCAGGAGCACAAGGUGCUGCAGUUCUCCCACCGCCACAGGCCGCUGGCCGCCAUCACCCGGGUGCAGGUGCUGAGUGACCGCUGCCUGGCCCAGGUGGAGCUGGCCAGGAGAGGCCUGAGCUGGGGGGACGUGGGCUACUGAGCUGUGUCCGAAGUCCCAGGAUCGAGCCUUGGCCAUUGGCCAUCCCACGUCCGGUGAAACCCACGCUGGGGAAGCUGGGGGGAGGGCCCUGUGGUUCUGGGCCCCCCCACUCCAGCUCCACCUUCAAUAAAAUUUAAGCAGGCUGCA